CAAGGCUCCGUAGAAACACCGGAAGUGGUCCCGUUGUCGUUUGGAGAUCUACUUGUCCUGUAACCAACUCAUUUAUUAAGAGUAUCAAGAGCUCGUUUUUUAAGAGGUGGUGAUGGGUGACAUCCGUCAGUCGUUGCUGCCUCGCGAUGUGCUCAGUGCAGCCAAGGAGCUGCUGUAUCACCUGGACAUCUACAUCUGUAACCUGGUGCAGUCCGGGAGGCAGCCUCCUCAGGUCGACUCCAAAACCCUGGAGCUGGUGGAGGAGUUCAUCCUGCAUGCGCCUAAAGACAGAAGCACUCCAGCCAGGAGGAUGAGCGCUCUUCAGGAGCUCCAGCUGUUGGAGAUCAUGUGCAGCUGUUUCCAGGAGCAGAGCCGUGAUACUGUCCGUCAGCUAAUGUUCUCCGCCCUAUUCAGUCUCCAAGGCAACCAGGCAGACGAGAGCCGGAUGGCACUGUUGAGCAAGCUGGUCUCCAUGGCAAUCGCUGUGGGCAGGGUGCCUAUCUUGGAAUGUGCUGCUACCUGGUUACAGAGAACCCACAGAGUGUACUGUGUGCGUUUGGCACAGGUACUUGUAGAUGACUAUUGUAGUUUGGUGCCAGGCUCAGUGCCCACCUUGCAGAACAUUCACAGUGCAAGCCCACGCUUCUGCUGCCAGUUCAUCACUGCAGUUACCACCCUCUAUGACCUCACCUCAGAGGAGCUAACCCCUCCCCUAGAACUCCUCCAGAUGAUCGUGUCGUGGAUCCAAGAUGACCCUCGUCUGGUCCUCAUCACUUUCCUGAACGCGCCCCUCUCUGGGAGCCAGCCAAUCAGCUCACUGGAUGUCACACCUUUAGGCGGCUUGAUGCGCUGGUGCGUCAAAGCACCGCUGACAUACAGGGAGGAAAAGAAGCCGGCGUUAACAAACGGCACCACUGAGAGCGAGCCGGAGGUGGGGCCUCUGUUCUCUGGACUCCAUCUGAGUGUCCUGCAGGUCUUCAUGCUUUUGCCCAGUAUACUAAAUGAGAAGGGGCUUUUCGGCCGCCUGGCACUGCUUCAGGUGGAGUCCCUGGCUGCUCUGACCUCAGACCUCUCCAGGCUGUUGGACCAGGCAGACAAACACACACACACAUCAUCCGCCGAUACACACUCACUGUCCCAGCUGACCCUGGAUCGGCUCGCACAAGCCCUGCAGGUGGCGAUGGCCAAUGGAGCGCUGCUCUGCUCGAGAGAGGACCUGCGAGCCAUCUGUUCCCGCCUUCCACACAACAAUUUGCUCCAGUUGGUGUUGUCAGGCCCGGUGAUGUACUAUAACAACAUCCACACUCCUCCUCUGGCCUUCAGUCCCCACGCUGCUCACUCCCCAAUCGCCUCCCACCCCACACAUCCUCCACACCCUGCACACCCUCCACACCCUGUACUCCCUACACACACACCUCUAGCCCCCCAUCCCUCCUCUCACGCUCAGUACCCCGCUCAGCCAUUCAUGACGGGGAUGCCAUUCCCCUUCAGACCCAGCCACUAAAACUGAUCGUAUCCAACAUGUUUGCAGAUGUGCGUGUGUGUGUGUGUAUGAAUGUUAGUUUUUGUCAGUUUGUUGGCCUGCUUGAACAAAUGGUUGUUGAGUUGAAGCAAAUUUUCUGUUGCUAAAAUAGUUUUUGAGGCCAACAUGUUUGUCCAAUAAAUAUUUUUUUACCUCA